AUGGCGCAAAGCAGUGACACCACCGCUCGCAAAACUGGAGUAUCAAAGUACAUCUCCACUCACCCCUCGUUUCAAGACGCACGAUCCUCCUCUUCACCGCUUCCUGCGUUAUAUUCGGAUCUGUCUCGACAACGUAGAUCUAAUCCGGCAGGGUAUCGUGCCAGCGUCGAGUGGUGGAAAGACGUUCUUGUGGAUGUCACCUUUCGCGGUCUACAGUUCGACCAUGAUGCAUCCACUCCAUCUGAAGCAGACUCUCGACCGAGCUGUACGACUGCCGUGGUGGACCGAACAGUGUUUCGACUGGACGAGUCCACCAAGGCGCGCUGGACAGUCGAGCAUGUCGGGCGACCGCUUGGACUCGGUACCGUGAUUGCGGAGCUCGAGAGCGAACAUACUGUCUAUCCGCUUUCCACGUAUCUGAGAUCUUCUACACCGGUUCCUCUUGCUUCGUCGCUGUCUCCAGCACGUGCCGGUAUGCGCAUGUACAUGCCCACCGCAAGCGGUGUUGCUUCAACGCUGAUCUUGACACCUGCGCGCUGGGCGGCGUCUUCGCUGUACUCGCUCGUCGUCGGCUCCAACAUGGACGAUGACGACGCUGAUAGUGCUGACCAACAGCUGUUUCGCGCCAAGCGCGGCGACUGGGUCUUGCUUGCGCUAGUGCAUCGUCUUGCCACCACCUUCUUGACGCACUUCUACGCUAACCAAGCGCUUCUCAGCCCCGUCGCGUGUCUGAUGACGUGCGAUGAGUUUACGCUCAAGUUGGUCGAGGUUUGUUGGAAAUCUUUUGCGUUUGCUCCCAGCGCACGCGAUGUUGAGCUGGUCUUGACGUUUCUCUCACGAGAUUGUUCGCCAAGGCUGGUAGUGAAGCAAGGUGGACUGGUCAAGCUGUCAUCUACGCAAACUGAAGCGGUCCAACCGAUCAGUCAAGAAGACCGAUCGAUUAUCACAGUCAAAGAGACACUUGGCAAACUUGACGUUCAAAUCAAUUCGCUUUACGAUCAAAUUCGUAAUCGCAACUCUGAAAUCAAGUCUGCCCUGAACGCUUGCGAGAAGCGCAAAGCUCUCUCGCUGCUACACAGCAGAAAGGCGCUCGAAAAACAGCUCGAAUCUCGCCAAGCGGUUCGCUCCAACUUGCGCCAUGUGAUGGACAAGAUCGAAGAGGCCAAAUCAGAUGUCGAGGUGAUCAAAGCGUUCCGAGCGGGCGAACAGGUGUUGCGCCACGUACUCAACAGCGACGAGAUCAAGUUGGCGAAUGUAGACAAGCUCAUGGACGAUUUCGGUGAGCUAAUCGAGCGUCACGACCAAGUGCACAAUGCCAUGGCAAUAUCUAGUCAGUUCGAGGACCUAGAUCAAGAUCAACUCAUCGACCAACUCAAUGCGUUGGAGGCCGAGAAACGCGAGGAUGAACUACGAGAAAAGCACAAGCUGCACACCGACUCCAAGCCACUCCCACAACCACAGACAGAACAGAUGCAGUACGACGACCUACAAGCUCGACUCGACCGUCUCAGAGUAUCUACUACUCCUCCACCCGCAUCAACGCCAUCCCAACAAGACAAGCACUCCUCCACCAGUCAGUCUCAUCCUGCCAUCGCCGAAUGA